AUGUCUGAUUCGGCGAGCUCCUCAUCAACCAAGAACCCAAUCUCGCUCAGGCUCUACAAGGUCCUGAGCACCAACUUUGACGACCAUGGAACGAGAGAAGCUCUACAGACCCUGUCAGAACUCUAUGGUAUCCCAGAAACCGAGGCGAAACAGCUCGCAUCAUCGACAACUUCAUCGACAUCGACGGGCAAGGUAGCAGGGAGUGUACCAGGCGAGAGCUAUCCUGGUGAAUAUGCGGCGACGACAAGGAGGAACUUGAAGAGGGACAUGGAGAAGAAGCUGGCUGAGGGAAGCCAGUCGUUCUUGAAGGCACUGGAGGAGGUUGAUCAGAAACUGGCAGAGAUGCAGGCGCAUAUUCAGGAUAUGGAGGCUGCAUGCCAGCAAGCUGAAGAUCAGCUCAACUCGACGAGCGAAGCGAGCAAAGCCGUCCUUGAACGAGCGGGCAACCUGCGAGACGAAAGGCAGGAAGUUGAGGACAAAAAGUCUAUAAUCACCUUGUUCCUCUCCCGGUUCACCCUUUCUGAACAAGAAGCCGAAGCGAUUACAUCUCGCGACGUCCCAGUCUCCCAGCGGUUCUUCGACGCCAUGGACAAAACUGAACGAAUACGCGAGGAUUGCCGGGUGCUCAUGGCUGGAGAGGACGGCGCGCCCACCAAAGCCGGUCUCGACAUUAUGGCGUCCACGUCGAGUCACCUUGAACAAGGCUUCGACAAGAUCUUGCGGUGGAUCUCGAACGAAUUCAGACAAAUCGGCAAGGACGGGCAGUUCGAACUCGACGUGCAUCCGGUCAUGAGGGAGGCGGUGGUUAGGCUGAAGAAGAGACCGGAGCUGCUUACUGAAGCCCUGACAAUCCUCUCGGAAACGCGACAGCAAUCCCUCCUGUCUUCGUUCAUCACCGCGCUCACUCGAGGUGGCCCCUCAGGUCUACCUCGUCCCAUCGAACUUCACGCCCACGAUCCCAUGCGAUAUGUCGGCGACAUGCUUGCCUGGGUGCAUCAAGCCAUCGCCGCCGAACGCGAAUUCCUUGAAACUCUCUUCGCCGUCAAGAGCGAUAACCGGAUGGUCGGCAGCGUUCGCUCGUUUACUGAGAAGACAGAAGAGGAGGAAUGGAUCCAGGAGCUGAUGGACUUGUCGGUCUCCAAGCUAUGUGUGCCGCUGAAGAACCGUGUUCUGCAGACGGUUAGGUCUCAGGAGAGCAGCAUUGUGUCGUACAAGAUUGCGAACUUGCUACAGUUCUAUCUUGUGACGAUGAGAAGGACGAUUGGACCUCAGGCUUUGCUCACCAAGACCUUACACGAGAUCACAGACGUGUCGUACAAGGUCUUCCAAACCUCUAUCGAAACGCAUUCCCAAGCCCUCGCUCGACUUCCUCUGGACCCCGACGAUCCAUCACUCACGCCACCGCACUUCAUACUCGACCACGCGCAGAUCCUCAAGGAAGUUAUGAACGUGUAUCAAUCCUCUAUUGUCGACGGGGAGGGAGAAGCGGAGACGGAAGAGUCGAGCGCCGUUGCGCCCUCGUUCGAAAACGUACUCGACGUGUUCAUUGAUCCUGUGGUGCUGAGUUGUAUCUCGAAGAGCGAGGAGAAGAUCAUGCUGAGACCCAAGUGGGAUGGGAAGGUGUAUACGAUUAAUUGUUUGACUUAUUUCCAGGGCCUUUUGGAACCGUUCUCGUUCACGAAAACGAAGCAAGAGAAUUUGGCCAAGGUGAUUGAGUAUAGGGUGGAGGAGGUUAUUGAACAACAUUUUGUCGACCUCAUGAACGAUGCUGGCCUCCAUUCGGUCUACCAAACGUGUAGAGAUCCACCCACCUCCGAGCCCCUCUCGCGUCUCCCACCAACCCAAUCCCCGACCCUCCUCAACGCCCUCCACACCUUCUCCCUAUGGCUCUCCUCUCCCGAGGUCACGCACUCCCCCCGUCUCUCCCACCUCACCUCCCAGAAACUGGCCGACCAAAUCCACCGGAAGGCGUUGAAGCGGAUGGUGAAAGCGUAUGAAUUUAUUUGUGGGUGUGUGUUGGAUGAGAAGAAUCGGUAUGAGGCUGCUGCUACGUUGCUUGGGAGGGAGAGGCCGUUUGGGCGGGUGUACCUUUUGAAGCAGAUUUUUGGGAUGGAGGAGGGGGAGAGUGGGAGUAGUGGGAGUGAGGAAGAGGAGAGUGAGGAAGAAGAUGAGAGCGAUGAAGAUGAGAGUGGAGAGGACGAGGAAGAUGAGAGCGAGGAGGAAGAUGAGGAGGGUGAAGGAGAUGCAAGUGUGGAGGGGACAUCGUCUACGGCACCUAGACGUAGUUGA